AAGAAAAAAGCAUAUUAUCCAAUAUAUAUAAAUCAUUACGCACAUGCCUUGUUCUGUUUGACAGCAAAUAGGGCCCCUCCACAUUUGGUGGUCACUUAAAUGUGUUUCUUUGAGAAUCCACUUGUUAUAUUUUAUUAUUCUAUUGACCGCUCAUCCAAUUUUUUAGCCUGAGCCGCCUUACAACUUAGGCGCUGCUAAUCCCCGCCACUAUUCUCCUUAUCACCUUUCAUGGAGGAUCACCAACUCUUUCAACCUCUCUUGGCAACCACCACCUCCUCCAGCUCUUCCUCCACCCUAGAAGAUCACGAAGAUAAUGAUAUCAAGCUUUUCUUAUCAGGUUCCAGCAUCAUUCUCCGGCUAGUCACCAUCAUUUCUCUAGGCGUUAUUUCCUUGUGGGCAAACUAUGAAGCUUCAAAAGGUUUUGAUAUCACAGUAGUCAAUGAUAUCAAAGACACUUCAGCAGGCAAACGAUUUACCCUCUUGUACAUAUCCAAUGACAAAGCUAUCCGUAUAAUCCAGAACACUAGUGCCAUUGUCGAAAACAUUCUUUACCCAAAUAGCAACCACUCCAAGAAGAAAGUGAGCCACGUCACCCUUCGUUUGAUUAGCAGAACACACCAAACCAGCUUGGUCAGGGUUAUAACAAACACCAACCAUGAGUAUGCGAUUCAUAUUGUUAGCCCAUCAUCUGAUACCAAGAAUCUUGAUUCUGAAAUCACAUUGAUGGUUUUACAAGGAAUGGCGCGUAUCUGGAUUUGGGAUGAUGGCAAGCCUAUGGCUCCGUCGUGGCUUCUUGAUGGACUGGUUGAAUACAUAAAGAAGGCUGCAGGAUUUGCUGACAUGAGAGGUUCCGGGCAGGUGCCAGAACUGGGCCAUUUUUGUCUAGGGCAUAGGGACCCCAGAUAUGUUGCAGAAACUCUGGAACAUUAUGAGAAGAACGUUACGAAGGGAUUCAUCCAACGGCUAAAUCAAGGUCUGAAAUAUGGAUGGCAUGAUCUUACUGUGGACGAUGCAUUAGGGAUGCCGGCAAAGAAUUUUUGUGGUUCUUUUGGCAACUCAUCUGACGGAUUUUCAAGUUAAAAGAAGAUAAAGAAAAAGGAAAUGUGAUUGCUCAUGGAGGCAGUUGUCGAGAGAAGCAUCGUCUCUACAUAAUGUUUAGUGGAUUCAGAACUACUAUUCUAAGUCUUUCCGCUUUCGGUACAUUUCUCGAUUCAUUUGCUCCAGACAAAAUGGAUUAUAUUAUGGACCAUGUUUUAUUGUGGCCUUAUCUUCUUUCUUUGUUUUUUUAAGGAUUCACCCGUUUACUAUAAUUUUUUUAUUUUAUUUUACUUUUAUCUA